AUGUCGAUCCCUAAUGAAGCCCUGCAGAAGCUCCUGCAAGAGAUCGAAACACGCGCCCUUGCUUCGCAGCAGCAGAUUGGUAUCACCAAGGCUCAGAUGACUGCCAGACAGCGCGAUGUUCGCAUGCUGCAGCUCACAUCUAAGGAGUUGUCGGAGUUGCCUUCCGAGACAAGAGUGUAUGAAGGUGUGGGGAAAAUGUUCGUCAAUGUUCCCAUCGAUUCUGUCAACAAGCGCCUCACCCGUGAGAGCUCCGAAGCAUCCACAGAAAUCACCAACCUGGAGAAAAAGCUUCAAUAUCAUGAGACCACAGCCCAAAAGAGCAAGGAGAAUCUGGAGCAGAUUCUGAAGUCCGGAGGCAAGGCGUGA